AUGGAAAAUCUAUUGGAUGUUUUACAGAAUUAUUCACCUGAUACACCGUUUAUGUUGGGUCAUAGAUUUCCGGUUCAUGUCAGAAAUGGUUAUUUUUCUGGUGGAGCAGGUUACGUCCUGUCUAGAGAAGCACUGAAACGCAUUGUGGAGAUGUCUAUCGACAAACAUCCUUAUUGCCCCGUUUAUGAUGAGCAUAUGGAAGACGUAAAGAUGAGCAUUUGCGGACAGGCAGUUGGUGUUCACCUAUACGAUGUGUUUGAUAUACUUGGUCGUUAUCGAUUUCGUUGGAGAUCACCGGAUAUACUAUUAAACAGUACAUCUUACAAAACAUUGAAAUGGCGUCCAGUUAAACUACGAGGAAAUGCUUUGUAUGCAGCACCUCACCAGUCAUUGCUUAGUGAUGUUGGGGUUACUUUUCACUAUGUUACACCAGAUAUGAUGUACAUGUUGGAAUAUUUUUUAUAUUACUUGCGACCAGUUGGAUUAGUCAAUGAUUUCGUUCAAUUACCAGAUCACAUUUGUAAUCAACAGUAA